AUGGCCGAUGAAGCAUCAAGUUCCAGUGGUAUGCGACGUAACUUGCGGAGCCAUGCGGUAAACCGGGUGCAUUAUGGAGUGGAUGAUUUUGAAACAAGUUACGAUAAUAUCGACAUAAUGCAGUGGGAAGAUGAUGAUGUUGCUCUGCAUUUGGCUGCUAGCAGAUCUUGUUUGUUAUCUAAUCGGCCAACAACGCAAGAAAUGAAUGCAUUUCCGGAGCUAAAGAAGAAUCGUGGGAGUACUGCUUUAUAUUUGUAUUUAAGAAACAAAUUGUUACAAAUGUGGCAUCGAAAUCCACAAAUGGAACUUACACUUCGCGAUUUUAUGAGUGAUUUAUCUCCACCAUAUGAUAGUGACCCAUUAUUUGUUCGCCGCAUUCAUGAAUUCCUUCAACGUUUUGGUUACAUAAAUGUGGGCAUCUUCAAUCGCUUAUCUGCUCCACCGAAAACUCUUCCAAAACGGGUUAUUGUAAUUGGUGCUGGUAUAGCUGGUAUUAUUGCGGCACGACAGCUCAAAUCCUUCGGUUUAGAUGUGAUCCUUUUAGAAGCUAGGUCUCGAAUUGGUGGUCGUAUAUCGACAUAUAUCAAACCACUUAUUGGCAUCGCAGGUGCGGAAAACAAAAAUCGAGAUCAUAUUGUUGGGGAGUUAGGCGCAUCCUUAAUUUAUGGAACGUAUGGAAAUCCACUAAUGACACUAUGCAAACAGUUUGAAGUUAGAUGCCUUCCUAUUUGUCUUGAUCAAUGUCCAAUAUAUGAUCAUACUGGCAAAGCAAUAGAACCUCGACGAGUACGACUGGUUGAGCGCGCAUUUAACAGUAUCAUUUCUACUUCAACAUAUAUGGCGCAUGUUAAAGGAAUUACAGAAAUCAACGGACGUAAAUUAAGUUUAGGCGAAACUUUCACUGUCAUGUUAAAAGAACAAGAUUAUCGACUGCAAACCCGACGUAUUUCUUACUUUACAUCAUAUGAAAAUGUUCUGAAUAAGCUGAAAGUCGUCCAAGACACGAUGGUCCUCAAGAAAGAUGAAAUAAUGCGAUUACAUGCGGCCUACAAAGAACUGAAAGAGAAAGAUGGUUGUACUGAUUUAAGCGAGGAUGAACAAAUGGAAAAUGAAAUCAUGUUGAAAUGUGCCGUCAAAGAUAUCAAUGAGGCUAUUCAGGCUUAUGAAUCGCUAGAAUCAAAAAGGGGAGAAAUCAACGUUGCAUUGGCUGAACUAUCCAGAAAUGAACCAAGUACCGUUUACAUGAAUGAAAUGGAUAAAAGAAUACUCGAUUUUCACAUCGCAAAUUUGGAAUAUUUUAUUGGCUCAUCUAUCGAUGAUGUUUCUUUGAAGUAUUGGAAUCAAAAAGCGGAUUAUGGCCCAGAAGGACCGAAUAUGUAUGGUAAGUGCUAUAUUGCAUGCGUUUUUAGAUACUUGUUCUUUUCUUUUUAA